AUGGCCGAGUCUUCGUCUUCAAGCUUGAAAGGCGAAAGCAGAUCGCGUCGCUCCUGGACAAUAUCUGCAGAAUCAAGUGCACUCGAGAGCAAUGGUCGGUCAUCCCCGGAUUCCACCGUCGAGAGACCGAAAACCCAGGGCGGAGAAGUAGCAGAUCCUAAGGCUGGUCCUAGUGGAUUCUCAAAGCUACUCGAUGCCCGUCGGAGGCGGAAAGAGAAUAAAAAGAAGAAUCAAAAACAUACCGACGAGCCGGCAGUGCCGACUGUGGUUUUGGAACACGACCUAGAAAGCCAGUCCAACGAGUCUCGGGAUGGAACCUCUGCAGCGCCGUCAUCGAAGGCAGAGAGCUUUGCGCCGGAGGGCGAAGGCAAUAGUCUGUUGACCGAUGAUGAGGAGCCGGACGGGCCUCCGCCGCUUACCUCACAUAACUCCCAUACCGGAUUCUACACCUCGUCCUCCCCAUUGUUCAAGACCAAAUCGGUGGAUGCCGCAAACACGGAAAGCUCUCAUGCCGAUGCCGAGUCAGCUGUUAGCGGUAGUGCCACUGGGUCGGAUUCAAACAAGAGUGAAAGAAUGUCCCGACGCGCAACAUCGGGUAUGGCAUUGGAUGUCCCCACGGACCCAAAUGGCAAGAAACGCAGUCCAUCCCCUGGACGACGCCUCAAGGGCGCUUUCAGCUCAGACAAGAAAGCUGCCAAUGACGAUUCUGAGGCUUCAUCAAUUAAGUCCGGGGGCAACAAAAGCGGGCGAGGUCUGUUCGGAUCCAGCCGGCGGAGUAGUCUUUCAUCGAAACGAGCACAGGCAGCCCCCGAUGAUGUCCCGCCUUUGCCUGCGCCAAUUCGAACUGAUCUAACGGACGACAAGCCUCGUUCGCUUGAAGCGAGCCCCAUGCCGAAUACCCCACCUCAUACUGCUAUUCCUGCGCCAGCGACAACUGUAACUCCUCCAACACCAACUGAGCACCGCCCCCUCAGUGCGCAAAUCCUGUCUAACACUGUUACCGACUCGCCCGAGUCUAUGCAAUCUGAAAAUUCUCCGUCUUCCGGAGUCACCACCGUGAGCCCCUCUGGAAACAUGAUCUCUCACCGCCGGGUGCGGUCCGCGUCUGCAGCUCAUGGCCCAAGCAAAUUGUCCAACUCAAUAUCUGCACUGACACCUCUCGAAGAAAAAACCCCCGGGGUGAAGAAUGCGACUCCAAGCCAGCAAAGUGGCUUCUUUUCCUCUGUGUUUUCAGUUGCGCAAAACGCCGCCACUUCCUUCAGCAACAGCAUAAACGCGCAACAGAGAAAUCGUCCAACUUCUCAACCUGUCCCUGCUGAUGCUGAUAAAUCUAUCAAUGAAUCCACUGCGGAGGAGAGCGAAAGAACAUCAGAUAACGACAGCAAGAUUGCGGAAGGGAGACCGUCUGCCGUAGAGACUCUUGGGGCGGGAGAUCUGAACUUUAGCCAUCUGGACAUUGACGCACGACCUGGUGAGUCAAUCACGACUGCCGACGGCGUGGUGAUCACAAAGCCAGGGGGCCCCGCUGACAAGCGCAAAAACACAGCAGUUUCCCGGCGAGAUGAGGAAGCUGCCAAACUUGAAGACAAACGCGCGGCGCGCGCUGUUCAGGUAGCAUACGAAAGACCCUCGGAGCUUUCAUUGGCGGGCCCUACAGAAGACGCACUGGAGAUUCAGUCUACCACCUCACUUCCGAAAGAUGGCUUAAUUAUGGGCGAUCAAACUCCCCCCAGUGGUAGUGUCAUUGAUGGUGACCUGAGCGGCGGCCUCAGACGCACUGGUAGUGUGCGCAGCAGACUUGCCCGGCGUCAUCGGGGCUCAUCUGGGGCCACAACCUCGACAAUUGGAGCAAUUGGCGUCAAUGCCAUUGCACUUGGUACUCCUGGUGUCAAUUCCAGUGUACCCCGGUUGACUGGCUUUGCGGUUGCGAGUAAAAAGCGCAAUCGGGACUUUCACCAAUUAUUCCGGAGUGUACCUGAAGACGAUUACCUUAUCGAAGAUUACAGCUGUGCUUUGCAACGUGAGAUCAUUCUUGCCGGCCGCAUCUAUAUCUCAGAAGGACACAUCUGUUUCUCCAGUAACAUCCUGGGUUGGGUCACGACUCUAGUGAUCAGCUUCGAUGAGGUUGUUGCCAUCGAAAAGGAGAACACGGCCAUGGUGUUCCCCAAUGCCAUUGCCAUUCAGACUCUCCACGCGCGUCAUACUUUCCGCAGUUUACUCAGUCGCGAGUCCACAUACGACCUAAUGGUUAACAUCUGGAAGAUCAACCACCCCACCAUCAAGAGCUCCGUGAACGGAACCCGUGUGACCCAUGGCACCGGUGAUAAGACAGAGAAGGUUGGGGAAGAGGAGAGCGAGUCCGAGAGCGAUGUCUCCGAUGAAGAUGAAAUAUACGACGAGGACGAGGAAGGAGACCAUGCCGAUAGCUUCUUUGAGGCCGGCAACAGUGCCAAUGCUAGUGCAACAUCAUUGCCAGUCCGAAAAGGAUUAAGCCGCAAGACUUCGAGUCUAUCCGCGAAUGCAGCCACGCCAGUGGCCGGCACAAAUGGCAAUGGCGAUAAAAAGAACGGCGACAAAGGCACUUCCAAGGAUACACCUCCUGAUUUCCCCGGCCCCACUACACAUGCACCCACGGAAUACGUCGAUGCCAACGGACAGUACGAAAAAGUCAUCAAAGAUGAAACAAUCUCGGCACCGCUCGGCAAGGUAUUUUCUUUGGUUUUUGGCCCAGCGUCAGGCGACUUUAUGACCAAGUUCCUUGCCGACAACCAGAAAUGUGGAGAGCUGCAGUUCGAGGGAACAGCGAAGGGUUUGACGACCGAAUGCCCAACUAGGAAAUACUCAUACAUCAAACCUCUCAAUGGCUCCAUUGGUCCAAGGCAGACAAAAUGUAUUAGUACCGAGACCAUGGACUUCUUGGACCUCGAAAAGGCCGUUCUUGUCACUCUGAGCACCCAAACACCUGAUGUGCCCAGUGGGAACGUUUUUGCUACCAUGACCAAGUACCUCUUUACAUGGGCUCCUGGAAACCAAACUCGCUUCCUCAUGACCUGCACUAUUGAGUGGUCAGGCAAGAGUUGGCUUAAGGGUCCUAUUGAGAAAGGCGCAAUUGAUGGACAAACGACCUUUGGUAAUGAGCUUGUCAAAGCCCUGCAGGCUGGAGUUGUUCCCCGUGCGCGUGCCAAUGGCGCUGGACGAGGCAAAGGAAAGCGCAAGAAGGGCGAUGGCGCAGGACGGGAGUCGACCGCAGCUGCUGCGUUGAAGGUUACUGUGGAUUCCAACGCCGGAAAGCGAGAAUCAUGGGGACUAUUCGAACCGGUCCGCCCCAUUCUGGAGCCCUUUACCAGCAUUCUCAGUCCGCUAUGGAGUAGCAACCUCGCUAUCCUAAUUAUCGGAAUCUUGUUUUACAUGGCGUUCUUCCGAUCCUCGCCAUCAUCGUCCACGCUUUCGCAUGAAGUCGGCUGUCCCGGUCACGGCUUGCCUCAGAGACUGGCUGCAUACGAGGAGAUGUGGCGACGUGAAGAGACUGAGCUCUGGAGCUGGCUGGAAGACCGUGUUGGUAUGGAUGGAAUGGUUUUUCCAAACGUUUACCGAUCGCCCGAGCCACACCCAAGUCGAAGGUCAUCUGGAUUCAGUACAAGUGAUGAGCGUGAGCUCGCCGCACGGCUUCGGGACGAGAAGAUCUCUGACCAUGAGAUGGACCAUGCCCUCCGUACCACACGCCAACGUCUGGAUGUCCUUGAGGAGAUGAUGGGCAAACGCAAAGCCCAAUGGGAAGUCGAAGAACCAAUCAAGUCUGAAUUGUGA